AUGGACUCGUCCAAAAGAGAUGACGAUGACCAGGACGUCAAGUCCGUCACCCAAACCACGCCUAUCAACGCCUCAGGCCACGUCCAAGAGCUACCUCAAAACUUUACCCUCCUCUCCCUCGCAGGCGUCGGUCUCGUCGUCGGCAACGUCUGGCCCGCAAUCGGUGGCUCCAUCCUUGUCGCUAUCUUCAACGGCGGCCCACCUGGCGUCUUAUACGAAUUCAUCGCCGUGUCAAUCUUCUACUGGGCCGUAGCCGCCAGUGUCGCAGAGCUUGCAAGCGCAAUUCCUUCAUCCGCUGGCGUGUACCACUGGGCGUCUGUUACCCCAGGACCAAGAUGGGGACGCGUCUUGGGUUUCUACGCGGGUUGGUGGAAUUAUCUCGCUUGGUGUCUCGGUUGCGCGAGCAUGUCUAGCAUCCUUGCAAACACGCUCGUGCAGAUGUAUGCCUUGAACCAUGAUGGUUUCGUGGCUGAGCCGUGGCACGUCUUCAUUACGUAUAUUAUCACGACAUGGCUUUCAUGCGCGGCUGUUUGUCUCUGGAACAGUGCCAUGCCGGCUUUGAACAAAUUUGGCGUCUUUAUCAUCCUGGCUGGGUUCAUCAUCACAGUCAUUACUGUCACGGCUAUGCCUGGCACUGGAGGUCGUCCACCGCAUGCAAGCUCGGCAUUUGUAUGGAAAGACUGGACAGCUGAUAUUGGAUACCCGGAUGGAUUCGUGUUUGUGGCUGGGAUGCUCAACGGAGCGUAUAGUGUUGGAUCAGUCCAUGCUACAACGCAGUUAGCUGAGGAGAUUCCCAACCCCAGCCGCAAUGUCCCCAUCGCUAUCCUAUUUCAAGUGGCAACUGGCUUCAUCACCGGACUUUGUUAUCUCAUCGCCAUUAUGUACGCCAUCAACGACUACGACGCUCUCUUCGAAUCUGCGUAUCCCAUUGCAGAGAUUUAUCGUCAAGCAACUGGUUCAGCAGCUGGUGCUACCGGUUUGUUGUCAUUGGUUAUGAUUUGUAUUGCCUUGACAGUCGUUGGACUCUACAUCACUUGCGGACGAACACUCUGGGCUCUUGCCCGCGAUGGUGCGACUCCUUUCCCAGCAGUAUUUGGUCACGUUCAACCAUCUCUCGACAUGCCUCUAUGGUCUACUAUCGCCACAGCAGUCUUGGUGUCUGUUCUUGGUGCAAUCUACGUCGGAAGCACAACUGCCUUCAAUGCCUUUGUUGGAACAUUUAUUCUGCUCUGCAGUUGUUCGUUCCUCUCAUGCAUUCUCCCCAACCUGCUCAGUGGACGUAAAAACAUCACCUAUGGACCCUUCAGAAUGCAUGGAAUCUGGGGCUUUAUUGUCAAUGGCAUUGCUUGUGCUUAUCUCCUUAUCUGGAGUGUCAUUUACUGUUUUCCUUAUGCUUUACCUACAUCGCCUCAAAGUAUGAAUUACACAUGUGUAAUUUGGGGUGGUUUGACAUUUUUGGUUAGUGUUUGGUGGUUUGCGAGUGCAAGGAAAGGAUAUAAAGGGCCUACGACUACUGGAAGCGUUGUUUCCGGAGUAGCUGUUGGUUCGGUCUGA